AUGGGCCACAUAGAAGAAGUGUGUAAGGGUAAUUUAGUCAAUCAUAGGAACCAAUUUUGUGAAGAUAUUGGUGGAGAACAAAGUGUAAGGCUUGAUGAAUUUGAAGAGUUUAUAGAGGAUUAUUCAAAUUAUAUUGACUUUGAUGCUGAGUACAGUGUACCAAAUGGUGAACACAAUCAAGUAGAAAUGGAAAUUAUAGAGGGCAUGUUAAGUGAUGAUAUUGGAGAUGCUUUCUAUAUUCAGAAUGGAGAUGGUUUUGAUUAUAGUGGAGAUGAUUCUGAUGAUAGUGACUACAUUGUAGAUGGGUUUAAUUUGCAAUUUGAUGUGGAUGUAGAUGAACAUGGAAUUAUAAACAAGAAAACUGAAAAUGUAGGUAACGACAUAGUUCAUGAAGAGUGGAAGCUAUUCAAAGUGAUGAUUAUCAGUAUGCAGGAUUUUAUGAAGAUGAAAGGACAAAAAUGCUUAAGGAGUUGA